UGGCCGAACGGAAGUGAUUGAUAACACGCUGAACCCGGACUUUGUGCGGAAGUUUGUCCUGGAUUUCUUCUUCGAGGAGAAGCAGAAUCUUCGCUUUGAUGCGUACAAUGUGGACACCAGAAGUUCAAACAUUUCAAAACAUAUUUCCAACUAACAGAUCUGUUUUUCUUUCUCAAUUGCAAACCUUUGUGGAUGUGCAGAAGGACUUCCUGGGCCAGAUGUUCUGCACUCUGGGGGAGAUCAUCGGUUCCACAGGCAGUCGGCUGGAGAGAACCCUCUCUGGGAUCCCAGGGAAAAAGUGUGGGAACAUCAUAUUCACCGCUGAAGAACUGAGUAAUUGCAGGGACAUUGCUACCAUGCAGCUGUGUGCCAACAAGCUGGACAAGAAAGACUUCUUCGGCAAGUCAGACCCAUUCCUGGUCUUCUACCGCAGUAAUGAAGACGGAACGUUCACCAUCUGCCAUAAGACGGAGGUGGUAAAGAAUACUCUGAAUCCUGUGUGGCAGCCCUUCACCAUCCCUGUGCGAGCCCUCUGUAACGGAGACUAUGACAGGACAGUCAAGGUGGACGUGUAUGAUUGGGACAGAGAUGGAAGUCAUGACUUCAUUGGCGAGUUCACCACCAGCUACAGAGAAUUCUCCAGAGGCCAGAGCCAGUUCAACGUCUAUGAGGUUCUAAACCAUAAAAAGAAAGGCAAGAAGAAGAAAUACAUCAAUUCAGGGACAGUCACACUGCUGUCCUUUAAAGUGGAGUCAGAAUACACGUUUGUAGACUUCAUCCGGGGAGGGACGCAACUCAACUUCACAGUGGCCAUCGAUUUCACAGCGUCUAAUGGUAACCCAUCCCAGCCCACCUCUCUGCACUACAUGAGUCCCUACCAGAUGAAUGCCUACGCAAUGGCCCUGAAGGCUGUGGGGGAGAUCAUCCAGGACUACGACAGUGACAAGAUGUUCCCUGCCUACGGCUUUGGAGCAAAGCUGCCCCCGGACGGCAAGAUCUCCCAUGUCUUCCCACUGAACUCCAACAGUGAGAACCCAAACUGUGUGGGUAUCGAGGGAGUGUUGGAGUCCUACUUCCAGAGUCUCCGAACUGUUCAGCUCUACGGGCCCACCAACUUCGCCCCUGUCAUCAACCAGGUGGCACGGUGUGCUGAGGAUGUGACUGACGGAUCCCAGUACUUUGUGCUGUUGAUGAUCACAGACGGAGUCAUCUCAGACAUGGUGCAGACCAAGGAGGCUGUGGUCAAUGCUGCCGCUCUGCCCAUGUCUAUCAUCAUAGUGGGAGUGGGUCCUGCUGAGUUUGAUGCGAUGGAGGAACUGGACGGUGACGAGGUCAGAGUGUCCUCUAAGGGGCGCGUUGCCGAGCGAGACAUAGUCCAGUUUGUGCCUUUCCGAGACUACAUAGACCGCCAGGGCAACCAGGUGCUGAGCAUGGCACGGCUGGCCAAGGACGUGUUGGCAGAAAUUCCUGAGCAGCUGCUGGGUUUCAUGAAGACGAGGGACAUCGAGCCCCGGCCCGCCCUGCCCACCUCCUCCACCACCACUACCACCCCGCCAGGACUCCACAAGCUGCGCAUCUGAGAGAGGGGUUUGGGUGGGGGUGGGGGUCUGGGGUUCUUGUGUUUAGAGACAUUGUUUGGACCAUUUUCAG